UCACGCCAGAUCGCGGGAUUAUCAGAGACCGACGAUGCCGACUGAAGCAACCGAUGGAAAGAGGUGGAGGAGGAGCAGACAAAUUAUAUAAGAGAUAUCUAUGGAUCUGUCUGCCCCUCUCUCCUCCCAUUCAAUUCCACUCCUAUCCAACAAUCCUGUCUCUUUACCCUAAAAAAACACUACCAACAAAACUACACCAUGUCUCUCAAGCCCAUCACCCUCUACAGCCACGCCUCCGGCCCCAACCCCUGGAAGGUGGUCACCGUCCUAGAGGACCUCAAACUCCCCUACGAAACCAAGUUUGUCCCCUUCUCGGAGGUCAAGCAGGAACCCUUCAUCUCCAUCAACCCCAACGGGCGGGUCCCCGCCAUCGAGGACCCCAACACGGGCCUCACCCUGUGGGAGUCCGGCGCCAUCGUCGAGUACCUGGUCGAGACCUACGACAAGGAACACACCAUCAGCUUUGCGUUCGGCACGCCCGAGUACUACCAGGCCAAGCAAUGGCUGCACUUCCAGAUGUCCGGCCAGGGCCCCUACUUCGGCCAGUUCGUGUGGUUCACCGUCUACCACCCCGAGAAGGUCCAGGGCGCCCAGGACCGCUACUUGAACGAGAUCCGUCGUGUGUCGGGCGUGCUUGACAGCGUCUUGAAAGAUCAGGAGUGGCUGGUUGGGAAUAAGUACAGCUUUGUUGAUGCCGCCUUUGUGCCGUGGUAUGGGAUCGUUCCCAAGUACACCGGCGACGCGAUCGAUCUGGCCAAAGAUUAUCCUCAUCUCAAGGCCUGGCUGGAUCGACUCCAUGCCCGGCCGUCUGUGGCCAAGUCGAUCAAGGAGCGCGCUGAAGCCACGGCCACUGUCCAACGGUAAUGGUUAGGUCAAUUUCAGGAUCAGUUUUAGAUGUCAUGGAUCAAGCCUAAAUUAUGAAUCAAUUGAAUUGUCUAGAAU